ACAUUAUAACAGCAGUGAUAUCCUAACAAUUUUCCAUGUUAUCUAUAGCUGUCCCAAGGACCUCAAUUUAGCAAUUAGAUAUUUCCUUUGCACCUCAAAUAAUCUGCAUUCAAAUAAUAAAAGGUGUACUGUUUCUUGACAAGUCUAUUCCCUACAAAUGUCUGCAUCAUGCAUAUUAAUUCUAUUGCAAUUAUUCAACUUUAUAUGCCCAAUAUAUAAAUGUGUAAGCACAACUUCUUCCCUCCUUUUGUACCCUUCUCCCAGUUGAGUUCUCACCAUCCUUUGAAUUUUACAUAAAUGCCGUCCUUUCUUUUUUGUAUCCCAACUUUGUUGCCACAGUGAUCAAAUAGACUUUUUAAUUAUGGCUUUCACGUCUCCUUUAUGCAAAGGCACUAUAUUUACAUCUUUAAUUUUAAGUGAUCGCUUGGUUAGAAUGUCUGCCACCUCACUUCCUUCAAACACAACAUGGACAGGGUCCCUUCAAGAACACGAUGCACAAGCGUAAACCUUACAGCCUCAACAUAUGUUGUCCAAUCUCAACAAGAAUUGGCCUACAAUUUGAACAGUCUGUUUAAUAGAUGUCAAAACUAAGUGAAUCAGAGCACAGAAGUACAUAAUCAGGGCAUAAUUCUUCGACCCAUUUCUAUGCAGGAAUCUUAACAACCAUCUCUGACGUGAACACUGAUACUUUGUCUGAUAAUCUCAAUAGUCAUCUGAAACUUUGGGACAUAAACAGAAGCACCUGAACGACCCGUCGCUAGAUCUGUAUAGAUAUUUAAAACGGUAUAAUCCUGCCCACGACCACUCUUUCUGGGCCUUUUAAUAUUCAGUAGGAUUCCACCUCCCCACUUCAUUCUUCCAAACUCCAGCGAGUACAGACCCAGAGACAUCAAACAGUCCUCAUACGUUAACCCCUACAUACACCGGACUAUUUUCAUAAGCCUCUUCUGGACGCUCUCCAAUGCCAACGCGUCAUUCCUUGGAUAUGGAUUUUUUCCAGUUAAUAUUGUACUAAAACUUCACCAAUGGUGCAUUGGUACAUUCUAGAAUUGGCAAAGUAGAUUCUAGUCAACGUUGCUAUUCAUUAAAGCAAACUAAUUUCACAUUGAACAGUGGCAGAAACCACUUACACAGUAAACUCAGGGAACAGAGAUCCAUCUGGCUGGACCUCACUGUGUGCACCAGAAACGAUUUCCCACUUGUGCAAGUCUGGUUCUUUGAAGACAAAUGGUACCCUAAGGGAUCAUCAUCAACUGAUUUCUGGAGUUCAGAAGGAGCCUUUCGAAUCAUAUUACAUGUGUAAAUCACUGCGUUACUGUGUGAGCCACUGUCUUUCUGCAGUAAUGACUAAGGUGGAGGAACUUAACAAAGAACCAAAUAUGCAUUCUUCAAUUCGAUAUCUUGGCUACCUAGCAAAUGCAUGCUUGGUGAUAGCCAUUUGUUUGGGCCUAUAUGUCCGAUGGGAGAAAACAGAAAAUAUAUUAUUGCUGGUCAUUUUCAUCCUUGGACUUUUUGUGCUUGGUAUUGCUAGCAUAUUAUACUAUUACUUCUCCAUGGAAACAGCAAGUUUGAGUCUGUCGCAUCUCUGGUUUGGAUUUCUGCUUGGCCUACUCUGUUUCAUAGAUGAUUCUAAAUUUAAGAUGGAUGUGAAAGAAGAAGUUACCAAAUACUUAUUAUUGGCCAGCAUUUUGAUUAGAACUUUGUGGUCUGUCGUUGAGCGAAUUUGUGGAUGUAUCCGACACCAACCUGCCCUGUUAACAGCUGAAGAAUUUCUGGGAUUGAUUGGAUUUGCCAUAGCCAGCACAGCAAUGUUGAUGCCCAACUGUUUGAGUGUUAUCUUGCUUGUUUUUGCAUUGUCCAUGUUAAUAGUUGAUCUGCGAAUGAAGUCUAUUUUGGCUGUUCCAAACUUGAUUGCAUUUGCAUUGAUUACAUCCCUGUUGUUUUUUCCAUCUUUGAAAAUUAGCACUAACCCCUUUGCCUUGGCUUGUUAUUUCAGCCGUUUGAUUUGUGUCCCACUGCUUGAUCUUUACUUCAGUGGUCUAUCUGUUACUGAACGAUGGAAGCCUUAUCUGUAUGGCCGGACAUUUUGCAGAAGAAUUUCAAUAGUACCUGUAGCAUCCAUUGAGCUAAUAUUCUUUAUUCUUGCUGCAUUUAAACUGAAUAAUUUAAAUCAUUGGUAUUUUUUGAUACCAGGGUUUUGUAUUUUUGGAAUCUUUUGGCUGAUCUGCCAUGUAAUUUUUCUCAUAACUUUCUGGGGUUUUCACACCAAACUCAGUGAUUGUCAAAAGAUCUACUACACGCAUAGAAUAGAUAAUAAGAGCCUGGACUGUGUUAUGGCAUCCAAAGGAAUGCGUCAUUUUUGCUUGAUCUCUGAGCGGUUAGUCUUUUUCAGUCUUUUAUCUACAAUUCUUCUUGGUGCAGUCUCAUGGCAGCAAACAAAUGGGAGCUUCAUGAGUGUAUUCCUCAUCGUUUUACCAUUGGAAUCCUUAGCUCAUGGCCUUUUCCAUGAACUGGGCAAUUGUUUAGGAGGAACAUGUGUAGGAUAUGCUAUUGUAAUUCCUACAAAUUAUUGCAGUCCUGAUGGUCAGCCUACACUCCUCCCUCCUGAGCAUGUCCAGGAGUUGAAUUUGCGUUCAACAGCCAUCUUAAGUUCAAUCCAACGAUUUUUUGCCUAUCACAUGAUAGAGAAUUAUGGUUGCGACUACUCCACCAGUGGCUUCUCUUUUGACACUCUGCAAUCUAAAGUAAAAACAUUUCUUGAUCUGCGUACUCCUGAUGGACCCAGGCAUGACACCUACAUACUUUAUUUCAGUGGACAUUCACACAGCUCUGGAGAAUGGGCAUUAUCAGGAGGAGACACUUUGAGAUUGGAGACAGUUUUGGAGUGGUGGAAAGAGAAGAACGUUAACUUCUGCUCCCGUCUGAUAAUUGUUUUAGACUGUGAGAAUGCUCUUCCAUGGGUUAAAGACGUAAGAAGAAUUGGUGAUAUUUUUGUUGCUGUGCAAGGUGCCGAAUUGGCCAAACAAGUGAAUAUCGAAGAAGCAGACCUUCCACAGCUUGGUGACUUCACUAAAGACUGGGUAGAAUAUAAUUGCAACCUUGACAAUGACAUUAAUUGGUCAGAUAAAGGAAGAACAGUGAAGGCUGUGUAUGGUAUAUCUAAAUCCUGGAGUGACUACACUCUUCAUUUACCAACAGGAAAUGAUGUUGCCAAGCACUGGAUGAUUUACUUUCCUCGCAUCGCAUAUCCUCUCAUACAUCUGGCAGACUGGUGUGGUGGGUUGAACCACUUCUGGAUGUGUGAUGUAUGCUUUAGAUGUUUCAAAAGGUUGAAGAUGAGAUGGUUCCCACCUACUGUACUAGACACAGGACAGGGAUUUAAACUUGUGAAAUCAUAAGACAUUGUCUCCAUGUGUCAAAUACGUAAGACUUUGUAUUGCACUUUGGCAUCUAUCCAAAGAUUUUGGUGUAAAGGUUUGUAAAUGUUACGGGCUAUAAAUGCAAAAAAAGCUGCUGGUUCAUCCAAGCUUGUAUUUCUUAAAUUCAGAUUUCAGGGUUUAUAAGGAUGUAAUGCUUUUUUAUAUGUAAAAUGCACUGAGUUCAAGUCCACCAGCAAGUAAUGUUUUGACAAUAAUUUUAAUGAAAGUAAUGGACAUUGGUUUAAAAUGUUCAUUAUGUGGAGGAAAAAAAUUUGGCUGCCAGGUACUGAACAUGUCAACGUGUCAAUUUUCUUACAAAAAAUUAUUUCAAAAUAUUAUGUGCAUCCAUGACUUAAAACUGGUGUUCAGGUGCUUAUUCUGCAUAAUAUUCUUUAAAUUCUUUUGUCCAAUUUCAUAUUCUUUGCUCUAACCAACAUAUUUUGGACACCAAAUAAUAAUAACAAUUUAAGGAAAGCAAUUACAAUCAACAUUGAUGUUAAUACAGAACCUGAAGAAACCAAUGUGUCAUCAAACCAUGAAGAUUUCAUCAGCUUGUUGUCCUGUGGAAGAUUUGGUUUGUAAAUAAUUUUAUUAUAAUGCUAAUUUUGCAGCAUUCUUCAUUACCCACAGAUAUCAAUACUUGACAGCAUUUUGGGAAAAAAGUGACAUUUAAACUAAGUUUUAUAAUGCAUUUCAUUGGUACCUGAAUUCAGAUGUAACCAGAAACAGUUGGGACUUCCUAAAUUCCAUACACAAUAAUACAUUGAUGUUGCUGAGUUCAUUAUGAAAAUAUCUUGUACAUGACUAUGCAUUGUAUAUGAAAAUAAUAGGGCAUUCUUUUAAAGCCACCUGGUAUCUCAAUCUUUGUUUAUAGUAACUCCAUUUCAAAAUAAAUUUUAUUUCUACUACAUUUUUAAGAAUGUUUUCAAUUGAUCUUAUUUGCAUGCAGAUAUUUUUAUUCAUUCAUUUUAAUCAAAAGGAGAUCUAUAUAAAUGGCUUAAUGGUAUCUGAUGAUGAAUUACAUUUUAUUUUAUCUUGUGCUCUAUUGAUUUGUCACAUAUUUAUUUUAUGCCUGGCACAUAUAUUACUGUUUGAGAAUUUAUUUUUGUUGUUUAAAUGGUUAUGUCAUGACACAUAUUGCAUUCAUUUAAUGUCACUGUUCUAUAAGAUCCCUAUUAAAUGAAAUAAUAAUCCAAAAUUGUUUCAACUGUACAGAUUAAAUCACUCCAUUUUAAAUAUUUUAUGGAUUUGCCAAUGGUGCACUAAAGACCUGAAACUAUUUGUUACGUAAGGGUUGGUUACACAGUGCAGCUGAGUUUGCAGUAUUGGGAUAUCUGGAGGAGAGGAAUGACAUGAGAUUUUUGAUAAUAAAAUGUUGUAUUGCACCAAA